AUGCCUCCCCGAACAUUUGCGCUUGACUUGAGUCGAACGAGCAGCUAUGUUUGCCAGUCCUGCAUCGCCAGUAUAGGACGAGCCCGCCCGAAUCCACAGCCAUGGCUGGCAAGAAACGCUUCGAGUGCGGCCCGCACCGCUCGCCGACAACGUGCGCCGAUGACAACUAAACAGAUGGAAGAAGAGCAACAACAAAGGUUCCAGGAAGCCCUCAUACGGGAGGCGCAGAAGGAGCCAGCCGACACCGACGAAGGCCCGACCGAACCCCUCUCGGUAAACUACUUCAAUGAAGAAACUGAGGGGCAAUAUCGACAGCUACGCGAUGGUGCCGAGUUCGGCGCCGUCAGUGGCGGAAUCGACAGCGAGAUUUCCGAGGCCAUCAACGACUUGGAGCAGAAGAUGGUCCAGACGAUACAAAUGCUCAACAGCUUGGAGAAAGUUGGGGGCUCCGAACAGGACAAGGCCGAGGAGCUACGAAAACAGUUUAAGAAGAUUCUCAGGGACAAAUACAAGGGGAAGACGGGUCCGGAAGGCGAGUCAUACGGCGUUCUGCGCAUUCCAGGCUUCAGCGGCGUGCGGCAGCGAGCCGUCGCCAACCUAAACUCCUUCCUUGCGCGCGACAGCGUUGUCAAGGGCGGCGUACCCAAGCCAAAGGAUCUGUUCGACUGCUGGAAGUACUACUCUGCAGCACGGAGUUCAUUAGCCACCCAAUGGAGCAACGUGCCGCGGGAGGUCUGGGAUUUUCUGUGGAUGAUUUUGUCCCACGAAGGGGAAGGCGUAGAAAACCCAAACCGGAUGCAUCACAUCUACGUUCUGGCGAAGGACAUGCAAGCUGCGGGGGUGGUGCUGAGAGACUCUCAACAGCUUCUUGCGAUCGAGGCCAUGUUCCUUGAAGGCUGGCAGGAGGAGGCGAUCGAAGCCUGGAAGAAAGCCGUGGUUACCAUUGGCUCCAAACCAGAAACAUUCAAAGGGUACUACGAGUUGGGAGUACGCAUGUGCAGUCUCCACGGAGAUACCGACCGUGCGAUGAGGGCUGCGGAUACUCUCCUCAGGUCCUCGGAAUCACCCAAUCCUCGCAUAAUGAUACCCAUCGUCCGGGCUUUGGCAGCAAAGGAGGAAAGUGCCGAGGAAGCAUGGGAAGUGUACAGGGAUAUGCGAGCGCUUCUCGGAGACACCAUGCAGAUCGAGGACUACGAUGAAGUUAUCGCAGCCUUCUUGGCGGUAAAUCACGUUGAACAUGCCCUGCAGGCCUUUGUCGACAUGAUGUUCUCCGGCCCUAUGGAUAUUCGCGGCAAGACAAGACUACCGACUAUCGUUGGCAACCAUUUCUUCCUUGGCAAGUGGCUGAAGAGGUUAAUAGGAGCAGGAGAUCUCGACGGAGCGUACAAGGUGGUUACAUUCUUACAGAAUAAGGGAGUCGCUGCGUCGCCCAUUCAGCUCAACGGCCUGAUCGGCGCUUGGCUCAGGACAGAAACUGCUGAUAACGUGGAGAAGGCUGACCAGUUGGCUUGGGCCAUGAUCAAAGCCCGUCUGGACUUUGUCGACCUGCGUCGGCGAGCUGCCGCGAUGGAUCGGCCAAUUCGUCUCGUACCCCGUGACGGAGAACCGACACCGGAUGAGUACGUUUGCACUACAAGAGCCACGGUCGAGACCUUCUCUCUUCUUGCCGAGAACUACAGCGCUCGUGGCCUACACGACGACCUUGCAGAACUCUGGACAGCGUUCGAGAUGGCGGAGCUUGGACCGAACAGUUUCAUGAUUAACCAAAUCAUCAAAUCGUAUACCGAGAGCAAGGGGCCACAGGCGGCAAUCGACUUCUACGAGCAAAUGACCAAGAUACGGCACGUGCGUCCCGAUGCGCACACUUUCAUCGCGCUCUACAACACGCUCUCGGUGAACCGGGUGGUAAAGCGAGAUAACCAGCUGGCGGCAGACGACGCCGUCAUUGGCAGGCAGUUCUUCCAGGACAUGGUCAGGAUGGACUGGAAGUUCGACUCGGUCGACGAGUACACCUACCUCCCCCGUUCCGUUCUCUUCUCCAUGCUCAAGGCCAAGGAUCAUGCCGGCAUGAUUAUCGCCGCCCGAACCAUGAAGGAGCUUUUCAACUACUCGCCACCCGAGCAGCUUCUCAUCGAGCUGGCGGCAGGAACCGCUACGCUCCGGGUGCAAAGCAAGCGUAACGUGGAACGCAUCAUGGAGGCCAGCAGGCUCAUCGAAAGCUUGAUCCGGAAACACUCGCAAGUUUUUGCCGACCUUGGAGGAGACCCUGCCAAGAUGACGACACAGGAGAAGGACAACCAGCUUUGUGCGGUAUUCGAGGAGCUGGUCUUGAUCAAGGCGCAUGCCGCGAACGCGGAGAGGAGUGCCGUGAACAAGAUCCUUGCCCAAGCUGCUGAGGAGAUGAGCGUGUUUGAUAUUGUGUUUACGAGGGAUCCGGCGGUGAUUCAGAGGCACAAGAAGCUGAUGAAGAAUAAGGAUGUUCAAGAUGAUGUCGACUGA